UCGACGGUCAGCGUGCUUCCAGCGGACGAGAAUUCGUGUUAGAGAAAAAUGCUGCUUCUCCGUGUUUUUAUUCUAUUAACUAUCCUAGCAGCAGGUGAUCUACUAUUUCAAGCGUAUGUGCAAAAUCCAGUCAAUAAUAGCUUUCAAGUGAAACGUUCCAACGGCGGCCGGUUGUUUGGCCUACUAGAUUUUCAAGUUGGUCGAUGCAGUCUCGAUAAUGGCAUCUCCGGUUUUUCGUGUUCUAGUGAAAGGAAUUGUAUGAGCUUGAGAAAGCUCUGUGACAACAUUCAGCAUUGUCCUAGGUCAGAGGAUGAAUCUGCUGCAAUCUGCAACACCCGAGACAUUGUUCAACGGAGAGAAGACAACCCCGGUUGCUCGUUCCAAUGCAGUGAUGGCAGUUGUUUGCCGUAUGAAUUCACCUGUGAUGGAAUGUCUGAUUGUUAUGGUCAUGAGGAUGAAGACCCUGUGAAGUGUUUGCUGAGAAGUUCAUGUCCUGGAGACCGAUUUUUGUGCUCAAAUGGUAGAUGUAUUAAUAGAUCAUGGCUGUGUGAUGGCGUUGUCGAUUGUCCAGAACAUGACGACGAAGAAAUACAUGUAUGUACCACUAACGUUUGUCAUGAAGAUGAAUUCCGGUGCCAGCAAGGCUCAUGUAUUCCAAAAGCUUGGCAGUGUGAUAAUACAUUUGAUUGCCUUAAUUCAGAAGAUGAAGACAACUGUGAUUGUUCAAACUUGGAGUUUAGGUGCAACAAUGGCAAUUGUGUACUGGCAUCAAAACUAUGUGAUGGCUAUAAUGACUGCAUAUGGGGCGAAGACGAAAAGGACUGUGGAUGUACAAGUUAUGAAUUUGAAUGCAAAGACAAAUCGUGUAUUCCUACAUCGAAAGUAUGCGAUGGAUAUAAUGACUGUGCUUGGGGUGAAGACGAGAAGGACUGUGGUUGUACAAGUUAUGAAUUUGAAUGCAAAGACAAAUCGUGUAUUCCUACCUUGAAAGUAUGCGACGGAUAUAACGACUGUGCUUGGGGUGAAGACGAGAAGGACUGUGGAUGUACAAGUUAUGAAUUUGAAUGCAAAGACAAAUCGUGUAUUCCUACAUCAAAAGUAUGCGAUGGAUAUGACGAGUGUGCUUGGGGUGAAGACGAGGAGGACUGUAAAUGUUCAAGUUAUGAAUUUGAAUGCAAAGACAAAUCGUGUAUUCCUACAUCGAAAGUAUGCGAUGGAUAUAACGACUGUGCUUGGGGUGAAGACGAGAAGGACUGUGGUUGUACAAGUUAUGAAUUUGAAUGCAAAGACAAAUCGUGUAUUCCUACAUCGAAAGUAUGCGAUGGAUAUAACGACUGUGCUUGGGGUGAAGAUGAGGAGGACUGUAAAUGUUUAAGUUAUGAAUUUGAAUGCAAAGACAAAUCGUGUAUUCCUACAUCGAAAGUAUGCGAUGGAUAUAACGACUGUGCUUGGGGUGAAGACGAGAAGGACUGUGGAUGUACAAGUUAUGAAUUUGAAUGCAAAGACAAAUCGUGCAUUCCUACAUCGAAAGUAUGCAAUGGAUAUAACGACUGUACCUGGGGUGAAGACGAAAAUGACUGUGGAUGUACAAGUUAUGAAUUUGAAUGCAAAGAUAAAUCAUGCAUUCCUACAUCAAAAGUAUGCAAUGGUGUCAGCGACUGUGUUUGGGAUGAAGACGAGAAGGACUGCGGUUGCACAAGUUAUGAAUUUGAAUGCAAAGACAAAUCUUGUAUCCCCACAUCGAAAGUAUGCGAUGGAUAUAACGACUGUGCUUGGGGUGAAGAUGAGAAGGACUGUGGAUGUACAAGUUAUGAAUGCAAAGAUAAAUCAUGUAUUCCUACAUCGAAAGUGUGCGACGGGUAUAGCGACUGCGCUCGCAGUGAAGAUGAAAAGGACUGUGAAUGUACAAGUUUUGAAUUUGAAUGCAAAGAUAAAUCAUGCAUUCCUACAUCAAAAAUAUGCAAUGGUGUCGGCGACUGUGUUUGGGAUGAAGACGAGAAGGACUGCGGUUGCACAAGUUAUGAAUUUGAAUGCAAAGACAAAUCUUGUAUCCCCACAUCGAAAGUAUGCGAUGGAUAUAAUGACUGUGCUCGGGGUGAAGAAGAAAAGGACUGCGGUUGUACAAGUUAUGAAUUUGAAUGCAAAGACAAAUCUUGUAUUCCCACAUCAAAAGUAUGCAAUGGUGUCAGCGACUGUGCUUGGGGUGAAGACGAAGCAGAAUGCGGUUGUGCGAGUUAUGAAUUUGAAUGUAAAGGCAAAUCCUGUAUUCCUACAUCAAAAGUAUGCGAUGGAUANNNUAGAUGUGUAUAAGAGACAGGUGACUGUCCUUGGGGUGAAGACGAGAAAGACUGUGGAUGUACAAGUUAUGAGUUUGAAUGCAAAGACAAAUUAUGUAUUCCUACAUCAAAACAAUGCAAUGGAUAUAACGACUGUGCUUGGGGUGAAGACGAGGAGGACUGUGGAUGUACAAGCUAUGAAUUUAAAUGCAAAGAUAAAUCGUGUAUUCCUACAUCGAAAGUGUGCGACGGGUAUAGCGACUGCGCUCGCAGUGAAGAUGAAAAAGACUGUGAAUGUACAAGUUUUGAAUUUGAAUGCAAAGAUAAAUCAUGUGUUCCUCAAUCGAAAAUAUGCGAUGGAAAUAGUGACUGUGCUUGGGGUGAAGACGAGAAAAACUGCGGAUGUACAAGUUAUGAAUUUGAAUGCAAAGACAAAUCGUGUAUUCCUACAUCGAAAGUAUGCGAUGGACAUAGUGACUGUGCUUGGGGUGAAGACGAGGCAGAAUGUGGUUGUACAAGUUAUGAAUUUGAAUGCAAAGAUAAAUCAUGUAUUCCUACAUCGAAAGUAUGCGAUGGACAUAGCGACUGUGCUUGGGGAGAAGACGAGAAAGAUUGUGGUUGUACAAGUUAUGAAUUUGAAUGCAAUGAUAAAUCAUGUAUUCCUACAUCGAAAGUAUGCAAUGGACAUAGCGACUGUGCUUGGGGAGAAGACGAGAAAGAUUGUGGAUGUACAAGCUAUGAAUUUGAAUGCAAAGAUAAAUCAUGUAUUCCUACAUCGAAAGUAUGCGAUGGACAUAGUGACUGUGCUUGGGGUGAAGACGAGAAAGAUUGUGGAUGUACAAGUUAUGAAUUUGAAUGCAAAGAUAAAUCAUGUAUUCCUUCAUCGAAAGUAUGCAAUGGACAUAGCGACUGUGCUUGGGGAGAAGACGAGAAAGAUUGUGGAUGUACAAGCUAUGAAUUUGAAUGCAAAGAUAAAUCCUGUAUUCCUAAAUCAAAAGUAUGCGAUGGACAUAGUGACUGUGCUUGGGGAGAAGACGAGAAAGAUUGUGGAUGUACAAGUUAUGAAUUUGAAUGCAAAGAUAAAUCAUGUAUUCCUAAAUCAAAAGUAUGCGAUGGACAUAGCAACUGUGCUUGGGGAGAAGACGAGAAAGACUGUGUGUGUAAAGGAUAUGAAUUUAGAUGUGAAGUUGGAUCAUGUAUUCCUAAAUCAAACGUAUGUGAUGGACAUAACGACUGUGCUUGGGCUGAAGACGAAAAAAAUUGUGGUUGUUCACAUGAUAAAUUUGAAUGCAACGAUGGUUCUUGUAUUGCUAAAUCGAAACAGUGUGACGAUUUUAAAGAUUGUUUAUGGGGAGAAGAUGAAGACGGUUGUCACAAUUGCUUUAAUGGUGAAUUUAGAUGUCCUGAUGGUCACUGUGUGAACUUCUGGCGAAUAUGCGAUGGCAAGAUGGACUGUUGGCCAAAUAGUGAAGAUGAAAAAUAUUGCACAGCUGAAUGCACUGAAGGUCACUACCGUUGCCAUGACGACACUUGUAUUGAUGAUAAUCUUCUGUGCGAUGGCACCUAUGAUUGUGCUUUUGGAGAGGAUGAAUGGCAGUGUAAAUCUCCGUGUAAAGAUUUACAAUUUCAAUGUAGUGACGGUCAAUGCAUACAUUUUUCAAAAAUAUGUAAUGGUAAAGGAGACUGUUCAGAUGCAAAAGAUGAAGCGAACUGUCGACCAACCUGUAAAGAAUUUCAAUGCUUCAACGGAGAUUGCAUAGCAUACAGUAACGUGUGUGACGGAAAACAAGAUUGUACAAGCAAUGAAGAUGAAACCAAUUGCCAACCGCUUUGCAGCUCUGAACAACACACGUGCAUUGAUGGUACAUGUAUUUAUCGUGACCGUCUGUGUAAUGGUGUGAGAGACUGUCCAAUAAGUGGGGACGACGAAGCACAUUGUGAUGCACCCUGUAAAAAACACCAAUAUGAAUGUCUCGAUGGUCUGUGUAUUCCAAUAGAUGCUGUAUGCGACGGUGGCCAAGACUGUUCACUAAAUGAAGAUGAAACUUUCUGUACUCCAAUUUGCAAGUCUGUUGAGUUUCAGUGUUCCAGUGGAAACUGCUUACCUCACUCUCUAGUAUGUGAUGGCACAAAAGAUUGCCAAGGCGGUGAUGAUGAAAGUAAAUGCUUUUCCGUUUGUAAGGAUCAUGAAUUCAUUUGUAGCAGUGGAGACUGUCUUUCAUUUACUCGUAUCUGUGAUGGAAUUAAAGACUGUCCUUUAACAGGUGAAGACGAGCUACACUGCAGAUUGCCUUGUAAUAAGGGAAAGUAUACUUGUCGAGAUGGGUCUUGUAUUAAUAACAAUGUUGUUUGUGAUGGCACUAAAGACUGUCCAAUAUUUGGAGACGAUGAGGAAGAUUGUUUACCUAAAUGCUCAGAGGGGAAUUUGCGGUGCAACGCAAGCUCUUGUGUUCCGUAUGAAAAAAUAUGCGAUUUUGUGCAUGAUUGCGUUUCUGGAGAGGAUGAACAAUUUUGUAGAAAAGUAUGCCUUCCAGAUCAAUUUCAAUGUUCAGAUGGAACUUGUAUUCAAUUACAUAAGGUCUGUGAUGGACAAGAAAAUUGCCCCAAUGCUGAUGACGAACAUCAUUGUAAUUACAUGUGUCAUGUUAGUGACUUUUCCUGUCGUGAUGGAACGUGUGUCCCAUGGUCUAGUGUAUGCGAUUUCCACGUGGACUGUUAUCCAGAUGGAGAAGAUGAACAGAAUUGUGUACAGUCAGUCUCACUCCAUGACUUCCAGUGUCAUGAUGGGAUUCUAAUUGCUUAUAGCAGAGUAUGUGAUAGUAACAUCGACUGUCAACAUGGAGAGGAUGAGAAAAAUUGUUUGCCUCCGUGUGCAGCAGAAGAUUUCCAAUGCUAUGAAGGAAAUUGCCUCAAGUUCGAUAAAGUAUGUGAUGGAAUUAGAGAUUGUAAAACAUUUGGUGAAGAUGAAUUGAGUUGCCAUCCAACUUGUAAACGUGGUCAAUUGCAAUGUAAAGACGGCACAUGUGUUGAGUACGAGACAGUUUGUGACGGUUAUCGUGACUGUACUCUUCAUUACGAGGAUGAAAUGAAUUGCAUUCCUAAAUGCCGUGCUGAUGAAUUUCAAUGCGAGGACAAAACAUGCAUUACAUUUGAUCGUGUGUGUGAUUCGAACCUUGACUGCCCUUCAAGCAAUGAUGAAACAAACUGUGCAUCAAGUUGUAAUUAUAACGAGCACUUAUGCAGAGAUGGCUCGUGUGUUUCCAAGAGUAAACUCUGCAACGGCUACAAAGAUUGCCCGGUCACAGGAGAUGAUGAAUGGCACUGUAAUAAACCAUGUAGCGACACAAAAUUUGUUUGUGGCAACGGAACAUGUAUAAAUAACGAUGAAGUAUGUAAUGGAAUCAAAGAUUGCUGGCCAGAUGCAGACGAUGAACAUAACUGCUAUUCAAAAUGUGCCUUCAGCGAUUUUCACUGUAAUGACGGUACUUGUCAGCCAUUUAUAAAAAUAUGUGAUGGCCACCCAUCGUGUGCUAAUGGAGAGGAGGAAGAGUUUUGCAAUUCACAAUGCAGCUACAAUCAAUUUUCCUGUCCAGAAGGACUUUGUAUCACAUUCUACAAAGUAUGUGACGGCGAUGUUGAUUGUCCCUUAAGUUUGGCAGAUGAAGUAAAUUGCAAUCCGGUCUGCUUACCAGAUCAAUUUCAAUGCGUCAACAAAACGUGCAUUCCAAUUUCCAACGUGUGUAAUGGUAUGAAAGACUGUAAAUUAGGAGAAGACGAAGACAACUGUAAGAGACCCUGCAAUGACGAUGAGUUCCAGUGUUCUUCAGGAGAGUGUAUUUUACAAAUGCGAGUAUGUGAUGGCGCUAAACAUUGUCCCCAUGGAGAUGAUGAAUUUAAUUGCAGGCCUAUUUGCAAAACUGGACAAUUUCAGUGUCUUGAUGGUUCUUGUAUUUUAUACACUGAUGUUUGUGAUGGUAUUAUAAAUUGCCCAACACGACAGGAAGAUGAGACACACUGCAACCAAGCAUGCCCUAUUGACCAAUACCAGUGCAAUGAUGGUAGUUGUCUUCCAAGGACAAACGUCUGUAAUGGAAUCAGAGAUUGUGAAAAUUCAGGAGAUGAUGAAGACAAUUGUGAUCCAAAAUGUCAUUCUGAUGAAUAUCAGUGUCUUAGUAAGCAAUGCAUUCCCCUAAGCAAAGUUUGUGAUGGCAAACACAAUUGCUUACCACAUGGGGAUGAUGAAGCUCAUUGCCAUGCACACUGUUAUUCUGGAUCAUUCCAGUGCAUAGACGGUACUUGUAUAGGAUAUGAUCAGAUAUGUGAUGGCCACGUGGAUUGCUUUCCAUCAUGUGAAGAUGAACUGCAUUGUACUCAAAGUUGUAAAUCAAACGAAUUCAAAUGUAAAGACGGAAAUUGUAUUGAGUAUAGUAAAGUGUGUAAUGGCGAAAACGACUGUCACUAUACUAACGAUGAUGAGAGUCACUGUCGUCCGGUUUGUCACUCAGGUGAAUUUCAGUGCAACGAUGGAUCAUGUAUUCCCUAUGAUAAAGUGUGUGAUCACACUAUUGACUGUGUACCAAAUGCUGAAGACGAAAAACACUGCCAGGCACCGUGUACCUAUAACGAGUUUCAGUGCUAUGAUGGUGACUGCCUCUCAUAUUCUAUGGUUUGCAACGCUGCCAAAGACUGUGUGGGAGGAGAAGAUGAAUUAAAUUGUGAGUUCAUAUGCGGAAGCCAUAAUCUAAUUUGCCCUAGUGGAGAUUGUUUACCCUUUGAUAAACUGUGUGAUGGAAAUGUUGAUUGCCUUCCUGGUGGAGAUGAUGAAAGAUUUUGCCAUGCACCUUGUACGCACUAUGAAUUCCAGUGUCUUGAUGGGACGUGUAUAGAUUACAAACGUGUGUGUGAUGGAACUAUUGAUUGCGAACAUACGAGUGAAGACGAGCAUAAUUGUGAAUCAAACUGCCAAACUCACGAGUUUGCUUGUAAAGACGAAUGCAUUUCUGAAACAAAGGUUUGCGAUGGGGUUUCUGACUGCAAACAUAAUAAAGAUGAAUUAGGGUGCCGGGCACCAUGUCCUGCUGAUCAGUUCCAGUGUCAUUCUGGGAGUUGUAUUUUUAGGGACCAAGUGUGCGACAGCGUAAUAAACUGUCUGCCGUCUGGAGAGGAUGAGGAUCAUUGCACUCCUCGGUGUAAACAGUAUGAGUUUCAAUGUGAAGACGGUACAUGUAUACAGUCAAGCAACCUAUGCAACGCCUAUAAGGAUUGUCAGUAUGGUGAGGAUGAAUUAAAUUGUGAACAUAUUUGUGAUCACUACCAUUUUUCAUGCGAUGGACAUUGUUUAUCAAAGUCCAAGAUCUGCGAUGGGCAUAAGGAUUGUUUGCUUGGAGAUGAUGAGACUCAUUGUUUUUACGUUUGCGAACCAGGUGAAUAUCAUUGUAACAAUGGAACAUGUUUGCCAUUUGAAAAGGUCUGCAAUGGAAUAAAGGACUGUGGUGAUAACGGUGAAGAUGAGGCUAGUUGUGUAUCAAAGUGUGAAGGAAAAUUUAUGUGCAACGACGGAAAAUGUUUAAGAGAUUCAGAUGUCUGUAAUCAUUAUAACGACUGUGGAAUGGACGGUGAAGAUGAGAAGUUUUGCCAAACGCCAUGUCCAUAUCAUCAGUUCAGAUGUCCUAGUGGAAAAUGUAUUUAUCAAAACGACGUUUGUGAUGGAAAAAAGGAUUGCUGGCCGUCUGGUCUUGACGAAAUAUUCUGUCAACCUAUUUGUAAUUACGGGCAAUUUAAAUGCUCGGCUGGAGGCUGCAUUUCGUUUACAGGUUUAUGUAACGCAAACAAAGACUGCCACGAAGGGGAAGAUGAAAAACUGUGUGAUGGACCUUGUGCGCAUCAUGAAUACCUAUGCCCUGAUGGUUCAUGCAUUGCGAACACUCUUCUGUGCAAUGGCGUUAAAGAUUGCCCGAACAGUGGUGAUGAUGAGCUCAGUUGUAAACACCCUUGUAAGCAUAACGAAUUUACUUGUCUCGAUGGUAAGUGUAUCGAAUACACAAAUGUAUGUGAUAAGGAGCACCAUUGUUCAAAUGGUGAGGACGAAAUAAACUGUGAACAUAAAUGUAGAAAAGGUGAAUUUCAGUGUAAAAACGGAAAAUGCAUCUCAUUUGAGCAAGUUUGUAAUGGAUAUGAUGAUUGCUUGUGGGGCGAGGAGGAAAAUGUAUGCCAGCCACAUUGUGAUAAUUAUGAAUUCCAAUGCCACGAUUACUCUUGUAUUUCAUACGAAAGGAUAUGUAAUGGAAUUACGGAUUGCUAUCCAAGUGGUGAAGAUGAAACAACGUGCUCUCAUAGAUGUUCAUCCACUGAAUUCCAGUGUGCCGACAACUCGUGUAUACAGUAUUCAAAAGUAUGUGAUGGCAAAAUUGACUGUGGCUACAGUGGAGAGGACGAGAAUCACUGCGCCUCAAAAUGCCAUUACGGAGACUUCCGCUGUCACAACGGAACUUGUAUUCCCUUUAGCAAAGUAUGCGAUGGUGAAAAACAGUGUUGGCCACAGGGGGAAGAUGAAAAUUACUGCCAAGCUAUCUGCAAUCCUGAUGAAUUCCAGUGUGCUGACGGCACAUGCAUUUCCUAUACAGAAGUAUGUGAUGGAAAAAUAGACUGUAGUACCACUGGUGAGGACGAGCACAGUUGUAGCCAAUUGUGCGAAUAUCAUGAAUUUCAAUGUAGUGACGGAUCCUGUCUGCCGUUUGACGUAGUUUGUAAUGCCAAUAAUGACUGUUAUAAUGACGAGAAUAACUGUGACGCCAUAUGUAACUAUGAUCAAUUCCAGUGCCUCGACGGUACAUGUAUUAACUUCAAAAAAGUAUGUGAUGGUAGCAAGCAUUGUCACCCGGCUGGUGAAGAUGAGCAGCAUUGUAUAAAGCCCUGCCAGGAAGGACAGUUUGUUUGUAUAGAUGGAACUUGCCUAGAAUUUGAAAAGGUGUGCGAUGGAAAUAGAGACUGUGAUACAACUGGCGAUGAUGAAUAUUAUUGUACUCCCUUUUGUCAUAAUACAGAGUUCAAAUGUACCGAUGGAUCUUGCAUACCAAGGGAUAAAGUCUGUGACGGUGUGCGGGACUGUAAACCUGAUGGAGUAGAUGAAUUAAAUUGCGCCUUAAAAUGCAGCGCUGAAGAAUACACAUGUGGUGAUGGAACUUGUGUAUGGUAUUCUCAAGUUUGUGAUUCUCACGUGGAUUGUCAUGGAUCACAUAAAGAUGAACAAUUUUGUAAUCCUCCUUGUUCCCCUUCAUAUUUCCAGUGCUAUGAUGGCGCAUGUAUAUCACAAAGUAGAGUAUGUAACGGCCAUAAAGAUUGUGCAUUAGCUGGCGAAGAUGAGAGUAAUUGUGAAUUUAAAUGUGCAACCGAUCAUUUCCAGUGCAAAGACAAAAGCUGCAUUCCCUACAUAAAAGUGUGUGACAACAAAAAGGAUUGUUUGCCAAAUGGUGAAGAUGAAAAAACAUGUGAUAGAGUAUGUAAAGGCGGUGACUUCCUCUGUCCUAGUGAUGGCUCCUGCAUAGCUUACGAACAAGUGUGUAACGGAUAUAACGAUUGCCCGCAAGGUGCAGAUGAACUCAAUUGUAAACCAAGAUGUCAGAGAAACGAGUUUCCAUGUCGCAACGGACCCUGUAUUAGUGUCCAUGAUCUGUGUAAUGGAAUAAUUGACUGUCCAUCGGGAGAAGACGAAAAGGUCUGUCAAAGCAUCUGUGAAUUCGGUGAACAUCAAUGCAGAGAUGGCUCAUGCAUUCCCGAUGAACAGGUUUGUGAUGGACACAAACACUGUCCAGGAAACGACGAUGAAAAUAACUGCCUUAGGAUUUGUGAGAAAAACGAAUUUCAUUGUCCUGAUGGAUCGUGCGUUCUUUAUGAAAAUAUCUGUGAUGGUAAAAAAGACUGCUUACGUGGAGAGGAUGAACACCAUUGUAGUUGGCCAUGUGCGAAUGAUGAAUACAGAUGUAGGGAGGGAGAUUGUAUUGCGUCUGAUCGCGUUUGCGAUGGUUUAAAUGAUUGUCUUCCACUCGGAGAUGAUGAAAUUUUUUGUCUACCCACUUGCGCUAAACAUCAGUUCCAGUGUGACACUGGUGCCUGUAUACCAAAGGAAAAGGUAUGUGAUGGGCAUAAAGAUUGUGGUAAUUCAGCGGAAGAUGAAACAAAUUGCUUUUCAAAGUGCCGAAGUGGAGAGUUUAUCUGCUACGACGGAACGUGUAUACAAUUUUCAAAAGUCUGUGACGGUAUUGUGGAUUGCCUUUUAGGAGCAGGUGACGAGAUGUACUGUAUUCCUAGCUGUGAACCAUCGGAGUUUCAGUGCAAAAACAGAUAUACUUGCAUAGAUCAUACUAAAGUGUGUGAUGGAGUGGAAGACUGUCCAGAUGGCUAUGACGAAGAUACCUGCAGUCCUGUUUGUCACAAAGGUGAACUACAAUGCAAAGAUAAAUCGUGUGUAUCACACGACAAGAUUUGUGAUGGGUUUCAUGAUUGUCCUUCUGGUAUUGAUGAAGCCCACUGUGAUAGUCCCUGUAGAUUCGGUGAGUUUAUAUGCGAUGAUGGCUCAUGUAUUCCACAUCAAAAAGUAUGUAAUAACCGUUUUGACUGCAAACCAAAUGGAGAAGAUGAGAAGUUAUGUAGGCCAAACUGUGCAGCUGGUGAAUUCCAGUGUUUAAGUGGUGUAUGUAUACCGUAUAGACACAUGUGUGAUGGAAUUCGACACUGUCACCCUAGAGGAGAGGACGAGUUUAACUGUGAUCCACACUGCGCUCCGACUGAGUUUCAAUGCAAGGACGGAACGUGCAUCUCGUUUAUUCAUGUUUGUGAUGGAGUUGAAAAUUGUGAACCAAGCGGUGAGGAUGAGACCCACUGUAAACCGCUGUGUGGUUUUGAUGAGUAUCGAUGUAAAAAUAGCUCUUGUAUUCCAAAUAAUUAUAUCUGCAAUGGUUACCGAGACUGUCAACCUCAUGGUGAAGACGAACAACAUUGUGAAGCAGCCUGUUUAUAUGAUGAAUUUAAAUGCAGAGACGGAAAAUGCAUACCGAACGAGAAGGUAUGCGAUAUGGUUCUUGACUGCAAUGUCGGUGAAGAUGAAUUGUUUUGUCACCCAAUUUGUCCUUCUGGAACGUUUCAGUGCAAAGACGGUUUAUGUUUGGAUUAUUAUCUUGUCUGCAAUGGAAAUGGGGACUGUGCACACAAUGACGACGAGUCAAAUUGCAAACCGACAUGUCCACACGGCAACUUUCAGUGUGCUAGCGGCGAAUGUCUUGGCAAUGAGAAAGUGUGUGAUGGAAUUAAAGAUUGCCCAGUUAAUGGAGAGGACGAAACUUUCUGCACUGGUCCAUGUCCUGUUGAAUUUCAGUGUCAGGAUGGGGUGUGUAUUCCUCACGACCAAGUAUGCGAUGGAAGCAAUGAUUGUACAUUGGGUGAAGAUGAAAAACACUGUUCUCACCGAUGCCACUUAGGUGAGUACCAAUGUGGGGAUGGUUCGUGUCUACCAUACAGUGACGUGUGUGACGGCGAAGAUGAUUGCUUACCCCAGGGAGAAGAUGAGGCACACUGCUUGCCAGUUUGUCAAUCGGGCGACUUCCAAUGCAGCGAUAAGUCAUGCCUGCCGUUUGAGAAAGUGUGUAAUGGAUUUGAAGAUUGUCGUCCUUCGGGAGAAGAUGAAUUGAACUGUUCUCCUAAAUGCCAUUAUGGACAAUAUUUAUGUAAAAGUGGACAUUGCAUUCCAGAAGCUAAACUUUGCGAUGGUCAUAUAGAUUGCUUACCGAAUGGUGAUGACGAAAAACACUGUAAACCUCCGUGCAGUGCACAUGAGACGAUUUGCGAUCAGGGAGCUUGUAUACCGACCAAAAAAUUAUGUGACAAACAUCAGGAUUGUGAAGAUGGCACAGAUGAGAAAUUCUGCCCGCAUUAUUAAAAAUCAACAUUCCAAAAUAAUUGUUUCUCUAGAACAUUUUUUAUAUUAAUUGUAACAAAGUUAGUUCAUUGCACGACCGAUAUAAUUCCGAUAUUUCUUUAAAACUGAUGACCUUGUCUAAAGUUAUGAGACAAUAAACCAUAAAUUGUGAAUUAGCAGAUAGCAGAUUCACAAGACCAUGUUAUCAGAUUUAAAAAUCAAAUUAAAUUCACAAAAAACAAUAAUGUA